AUGGCGGACGACAGCACCAGCCUUGCCAAGCGGGCCGAAAUGGAACAAGCUCCCUCGCAACAGGUAAACCCAACUACUACGAGUACUCCUAGACCAAAGCCUCGGGUUCGCCCAUCUGCAUCUAUCGCGCAGUCGCCUCAACGCGCCAGCAGUUCCCGAGGCAAGAAACAAACCAAGGCCCCGUCGCCAGAGCCGGAGGAAGAGCUAUACUCAAUUAAAGAUAUUAUCAGGGAGAAAACAAAGAACGGCCGCCUCCUGUAUUUGAUUGAUUGGGACGACGAUCCAGACACCGGAAAGCCCUACGACCGAACCUGGGAGCCUGCCGACUUCGUGACUCCCGAGGCAAUUGCAGAUUGGGAGAAGAAGAAAAAGGACUCGGACGAGGAGAAGAGACGAGUGAGGUUAGAUAAGAGGAAAGAGAAGAAGACGGAGAGGAAGAGAGUGAAGAAUACGGAGAAGAAAAGGAAAAGGGAGGAGGAAAGAAGCAGCACCCCAGAGGUUGCUAGAGAACCAUCCUCAUUGUUUGCACUAUCAGAGGAUAGCACUUUGCCUUCUACCAACCAGCAUAGUGGCAUACAAUCCCGUACUUCAAGGGAUCCAGGACCAGCAGCCAAGAAACGUCGCCCAGGCACGCCCGAAACCGUUCAAUCGCGGUCAGUGUUUCCAGAGAUACCUGUUAUACAGGGAAAGCAAGCAGCCACCAGAGAGAUCAAGGAUAGUUACGAGGACGAGCUGCAAUCAAGUGCCGGGAAUGAUUACGGUGCCCGUGUAGAAAUUGGUCCAGUCUCCGAUAGCUUCAACCGGGACGAAUAUCUCACGGUUGCCGCUUCACAAGCCUCCCAAGCUGCACAGUCGACUGGGCCCCUCAGCAACUCGUCACCUCCUUCGUCACAAGCCCAACCAUCUCCACAGCCUCAGCGCACGCGCAAGCCGCCACUACGGGAACGGGUAUUGUUCUGGGAGGACGAUUUUGAGGGCGAAGUGCCAGAUUCACAAGAAUUGCCGGGCUCAUCGCUAUACGUCCCUCCCGAGACUCAAGCCUCGAGAUCCGAGCUAGGGUGCAAACCAAGCACUCAAAUCAACACCCAGGUAGACCUCGGCAGAACUCCACUAAGUAAUUCAAACCACACUUCAUCAGGCGGUGGAGGAAUAGUUUUGACAAGUAGCGAAAGCAUUGCGGGAUCUUCGAGCUACCAUCCUAGCACAAACUUCCUACAAGAGUCUGGGCAUAUCUCAACUACAGAAGUAUCUAGCAUAGUGGCCCCUUCGACGGAACAAUCUUUGGAGCCUACGCAGGAGGUAUCCCAAGAAAGCCAACUGCAAAUCAGUUCUUCUCCCAAAGUGUCGGAAGAUACACGCCAUAGCCAGUAUCAGGAGGACGAGAUACCCGACGCGCAGCCGAAUCAUUACGAGACCUUGAGCACAUUCACUGUUCAAACACAGGUAUCAUUGCCGGCCUCGGUUAUAGGCUUUGGUCCAGAGUCCGUUUCUAAUAACUCAAGCUUUCUGAAUAAUCCACCCUUUGGAGGCGUCAUACAGAGUGUCGAAUACGCUCCAGAGGUCGGCCCAAGCCCACGCACACCGGCACCACACAAUUUGCCGUCAGAGUCCAAUAUGGAGGACCGACCUCCUACCAUGCCGCCUAGCACGAGUACGAAGCAGCUGAUGAGGGAGGCCAGAGCACGGGCUACUGCAAAGAGAGCUGCGGAACGAGCUGCGGAGCGAGAAGCAGCUAGAAGCGCAUCAACGAUGCCAGCUUCUCCACCCCCCACGAUUAGCGCCCAGUUGCUACCUUUAAGGGAAACUCUUACAGAGCAUAUCGCGUCGAUAGCUGCUGUUGAGCCAGUCUCUUCCCCCAAGCCCUCGCCUGAGGCUGAUGAGGAAUCAGUCUCUAAGGCUCUACGCAUUCUUCCAUUGGGGCCUGGUGAAUAUAUUAUACCAUUACCGCUGGUUUCUUAUUCGCGGGAUAUAUACAUGCAGACCAUCCGAAAUUAUAAAAAGCAAAGACUAGCUUUUCUUGAAGAGGAAACUGGUGCCGAUCUGGUUUCAGAAAUCGAUGUUAUGCUCGGUGAACUUGGAAAGCUGUGUGACCACCAGGAUUUAAUUGCAGACGACUUUUCCUCGCAAAGAGCAGAACCGAUCGAAAACCAAGCCAGGUAUGCUGAGACAGUGAGCACGAAGUGUAUCUUUCUCGCGGAAUUUAUCACUGCCCUCCGCCAUUUUGAGAAGCACGUUGUUAUCCUGUCACGACCUGGGAGAUUGCAAGAGAUACUCGAGACUCUUUUGAUUCGCCAUGGCUUUGACAAGGUCCCUCAGCAGCCCAACUGGUUCAUCGACACUUCAAGGGGGCCAUUGCGGAUAAGCCUACUUCCGUUCGAUAAUAUUGAAGGGCCCGUAUGGUCCAAUCCGGCUGAUGUGAUCAUUUCUUUCAAUGAACCAACAGGACCACAAGGUUAUUUAAAAACAUUAAGGGCUGCUAUGGCUGGCCCAGAUCAAUUGAUUCCUUUCGUAUCGUUGGUUGUGAUGCAUUCGGUGGAACAUCUCAAUCGAUGCGUUAAGAAUGAUACGGACGGUGCUGAGAAAAGACUCUUUCUCGUCAACUGCAUAUCUCAGAUACAAGACGAUGUGGGAAAGCUGGGUUCGGAUAAUUUAGCUCCUCCAGAUGCAGCACAUGCUACUGCCUCAUUUUUGAUGAAUGAGACCGAGGGCACAUGGCCAGUACCUGAAUUGCCAGAAAUUAAUGGCCUCGACUUUGAAAUCUCUCCAUCUCCAGCUGAAUCGGGGGAUGGGAAAGCUUCGGGCUCGACAACACAGUCGUACGACAUGUCUUCAUCAGCGCAGCAGUACGGUGCCAAGCGGCAAUUAGGACUGGAUGUUGGAACCGGUUCUGACACCCCGAAACGGCAGAGGCUCUCGCCACUUCCUGGCGAGCAAAUAGACAGAUCGGAAAUGUCCUGUAUCAGCGAAACUGCACGUCCAUUGUCCUCCAACGAGAUGCAUACUGAAGUAGUAGAGUCGUGGAACAUGCCCUCUGCUCUUGAUGUGGUGCAACAAAAUCAACCCGCACCGCUUCUUAACCGGAUUAACGACCUUGAAAAUCAAAUUCGAAUUAAGGAUGCUACUGAGGGCGAACUGAGGGAACGGAAUCGAAACCUAGAAGCUAGAUGUAAAGAUCUCGAAUCAAGCAUCAAGGAGAUCCAACCCAGGUACCAAGAUGCUCUCAAUGAUCGUGGCCAUUUCGAGCAUGAAAUCACCGAAUCCCUUCGCCGCGAAAGUGCACUACGUCGGAAACAUGAUGACCGAGUCGCGGAGCUAGAUAAAGUACGAGAAGAAAAAGAGGUCGCCGAUACCGAGCUCGCAUCUGCUCUAGAGUGGCUCUCGUCCUCAGCUGUCCCAGAAAUCGCCGAGGUGAAUAGGAUGAAAGAGGAAGUCCGCAUUGCCAAAGCAGAAAAUGAACGUCUGCAAAAGAGACACGCAAACAUGCAGAACGACCUUGACUUCAUUCGAAAUCAAUACCAAACAGCCUCAUUCGAAGCCGCAGAAUCCAGCCGCCGAGUCGAAGCACUUGAAGAAACAAUAUCCGACCUAUCCAUCAAAGCCUCAGACAAUGCAGUCCAUAUCCACAAAAUCCACCACUCCAGUGAAGUCCAGCAACACCUUGACCGCGUCAAGGAGUUGGCGGCCGAUAAUGAGGAAUUGGAUAGGGAGUUGGAGAAGAAGACGGAGGAGUUGAGGGUUCUUAUGAAUGGUCGAAGACAGACCAGGGGUACGAGCGUACCCAGGAGUCCAAGAAUGGGCGCGGGCACUAUGAGUCCUGGCGCUAGGCCAGCAAUUGGGAGGGUGAUUGGGAACUUUGGGGGACAGAGUGGCAGUCGGGGGAAUAGUCCAGCACCGGGAGAGGUGGGUGCGAGGGGGUCCCAAUUUGGAGAGGCGUUAUUCCAGGGGCCUAGUAACAGCGGAAGGUGGGGAAAUCAUUUGCAGUAA